AUGUUUACGCUGCAAGCGCAAUAUGAUAUCACGGAGAAGGGAAGCGACAUUGACGCAGACAACCACUCUAAAACCAGGGUAGCACCACAGAGGUCACAGAAGUGGUACCACUGGUAUAACCAAGACGAUACGCUGGAAGAACGCAAACUCGUUCUGAAGCUUGAUCUCCUGGUCUUGAUUCCUGCAUUCCUUGGUUAUUGGAUUAAGGUCCUGGACGCGUCCGCCGUGUCCACCGCCUAUGUCAGUGGAAUGAAGGAAGACUUAGCAAUGUACGGCAGCGAAUUGACGUACUCGACAUCGAUUUACACUGCGGGAUAUGUAGCCUUCCAAAUACCCUUCACGUUGUUGGCUACGAUUUUUCCAUCGAAUUGGUGGAUUCCGUUCUGUGAUCUGAUGUGGGCCGUGUUUACGAUAGCACAAUAUAAGGUCAAAGGUGUACACGCGCUUUACGCGCUGAGGUUUUUCGUAGGAGCUUUUGGAAGUCUAUAUUUUCCCACUAUACAGUAUAUCCUUGGUUCAUGGUAUAGAAGAACAGAGAUCACUAAGCGAGCUGCGAUAUUCUUCAUUGCUUCACAAGUCGGCAGCAUGUCGUCUGGCUAUCUCCAGGCAGCGAUAUACACCACUCUCGACGGUCGCCACGGUCUUGCUGGCUGGAGAUGGCUCAUGCUUAUAGACGGCAUCAUCACCAUUCCUGUCGCUCUUAUAUCCUUUGUAUUGUUACCCGGUGUCCCGGAAAAGUGUACUAGUCGCUGGUUAAGCCCACACGAGAAAAAACUAGCUCAAAAACGCAUUGCUGCUGAUAAUCGCGAACCGCUGGGAAAGUUAUCGUACCAGACCUUUGUUGGCCUGUUCUCCACCUGGCACUGGUGGGCGCUAGUAGCACUGGCCAUAUUUUUCUCCAAUGCGGAUGGUAUCAUGAGCAACAGUGGCCUUUCUCUCUGGCUGAAGGCGACGGGACACAAUGUAGUCGAAAUAAACACUAUAUCCACCGUUACACCCGUGGUCACCAUCCUCUUCACCAUUGUCAUCGCCAUCAUAUCGGAUGCUAGGCCGAACACCGAGAGCACUAUAAUUAUCAUCAUUGCGAUAAUUAACAUCUUCUGUGGUAUCGUCUUAGCAGUGUGGUACGGCAUCCCUCUAGGCCUCAAGUUCUUCGCAUUCUUCCUAUCUGGAUCGGCGGAUGGAAUUGCAGCCGUCGUGUAUUCCUGGGCAAACCUCAUAUGCACGUCAUUAGACGGCCAACAACGUGCAUUGGUCCUGUCCUCGAUGAACAGUAUUGGGAAUGCGUUCGCUGUUUGGCUUCCAUUACUAGUGUGGAAGACUAUAGAUGCACCGCGGUAUCUCAAGGGAUACACUUUUGCAGUUGCAGACGACGUGGCGAUGAUCAUCCUAACACUGAUAGUUCAUGCCUUGUGGAGGAGAGAACGAAGAAAAGGUUCAGAAGACGAUUAA